AUGCCAAGUUCUUCGCCAAGUGAUGCGCCAAGCAGUACACCGAGCAGUACUCCAAGCAGUGUUCCAAGCAGUUCCCCAACAGGUGAACACUACAGAUGUGUUGACAGCUGGGCCCACGAUGAUGACUCUUACGUUUGCUCUGAUAGCUUGGGCUAUGAAUAUGGUGGGUGGACCAAUGGGAAGUUUGGAUUUGGAAUGCCAGGUUGUGAUGUGUGCAACUGUCCUCCUUGUGAAUCCACUCCUGCCAGGAAGUUGAGUCAAACUGGCACCAAGCGUCCUAACGUUCUCGUUCCAGGCGCAAGGGCUCUUGAUGAUGCAGCUGAUUGUACUUGCCUGUGCCCUGAGACAGGUGCCACUCAAUUGGCUGCGGGUGUCCUCACAUCCAAGUCAAUGGACCUCUACAUUGGUGUCACUGCCAAUUGUGGUCCAAAGGGUGGUAAGGUUGGAACCGUCUACUUGACACCAAACAGUGAUGGAACAAUCUCAGUUACAUACAGCAUGGUUGGUGGAUUCUUCAUGACUGAUACCAAUCUCUAUGUAGGAGCUGAUUCUCUUCCUGUUGGAACAAAUGGCGGAUACUUGGCUCCGGUUGAUUUCCCAUUUGGCCACGCUAACAGCACCACAACCUCAAGGAGUUUCACAAUGGCCACACCUUCCUGUGAUUUCUUUGUGGCUGCACAUGCUAAAGUAUGUGGAGAUUUCCCCACUUUUUCUCCAACAACAAGCCCUUCGUCACUGCCGAGUACAAGCCCCUCAGGAUCACCCACUUCCACACCAUCAUCUUCGCCCAGCACAAACCCAUCUUCUCGUCCAUCUUCUUCGCCUAGCUCACAACCAUCAGUACGACCAACAGCUUCGCCCAGUGCCAGCCCCACCAAUGUUCUCUCUGCUGCCCCAACACUACAAACCCAACAGUGUGUUCACACAUGGGGUUUUGAUGAUGAGAGUUCUGUUUGUGCUGAUGACAUGGGUCUUGGAAUGUGGGCCUGGACAAAUGGCAAGUACGGUACCUCUGAAUGUAAAGAGUGCAGUUGCCCAGAUUGUAAUGGCCCUGAAGACAGACACCUUGGUCCACCCAAGGAAGUAGAGCCUGUACCCCUGCCUCAGAAGUGCAGAGGUUAUGUUGCCUCAUGGUCUGGAGACCCUCACAUGAGGACUUUCAACAAGCUCAGGUAUGACUGUCAGGGAGAGGGUGAAUUCCAAGUCCUCAAGUCAUUGAACUCUACCUUUGAGCUACAGGGUCGGUUUGUGAAGUUUGUCCAAAACCGCCGACCUACUGUGACUUCCAGUAUUGUAUUCAAUACAGGUGAUGGAGAACCCAAAAUCCAAAUCAAUGUCCCUCCUAAUGCUGAUAAUGGCUGCACACCUUACAUGUUUGUAGAUGGAGUACCAAGGGAUAUUGGUGAGCAGGGUGUUGGUGUCAAGUCUGUCCAAGUACAAAAGGUGUCAACACGCGGCAAGGAAGGCUUCAUUGUGUACUAUCAUGGAUCAAAGGUACAGCUGACUGCCAUGGCCAAGAAGUCCUCGAGGAAUGGAUGUGUCCUUGCCGCCAAGCUUUGUCUUCCUUAUGAGUACGAAAGGUCUCAGGAAUCAUUUGUUGGAUUGCUGGGAACACCAAAUUCUAAGAAGAAUGAUGACUGGAUGACACCGAAUGGAACUGUCCUGCCUAUUCCAACAAGGAGAAAGGACUUGAGAUUUGGGCCUGCCUAUGAUUUCUGUGUUGACAACUACUGUAUCAGAGAAAAGGAGAAGUCAAUGUUCAAUUACACAGAAGGAGAAAGCUUUGAGAAGUAUUUCGGGUGUGACCAACGUGCUGACUUGGAAACAGAGACAUGUGUUUCUAAUCCACCGGGCAUUCUCAAGGACAUUUGUGGAAGGAUCACUCCUGAUGCUGCUUGUUUGAUAGACGGAUGUAUCGGUGGGCCUGCAGAUGCGAAAAAGUACAUAGAUGCCCAGGAAGACCUCACUGACAAAAUGUGUGGAAAGCAGAUCUUCUAUGAAGAUUUCAAUGAGGAUAUGGGUGGUAGCUGGGGCAAGAUUUACGAGAAGGAUAGACACAAGUUUUUGUGGCUCACUAAGUACCACAACAAGAUGAGUGCUGACUUCACUGUCCCACAAGAGGCUGAUGUCAUCACCCUCGAGUUUGACUUUUAUGAACUUGGCGGUUGGGAAAGGAGUGGCAGCCAUGAUGAGUCACUCUUUGUUUAUGUGAAUGAUGCCAAGAUUGAUAUCGCUGGUUUUUCGAGUGACGGCAAAACAGAUGAUAGUUUCGUCCAUGACGUGAACCAAGGAAUUGCCUGGACACGGCGUGCGACGACGAGGAGCUGCGACUUAGGGCUCGGGGGCACCAAAGAUCAGAUCCACAAAGUUACACUCAACAUUAAUUCGGCGUACUUCGAAAAGGAUGGAAACCUUACGAUUGGCAUUGAAGUUGUUAUUAAGGACGAGGACAGCAAGAAGAAAGAGAGUGCUGGUAUUGACAAUUUCAUUCUUGUUGCCUAUGGAGAAUCCUGUGACUUCCCCCCUGCAAACGGUAGGGCAGCACCUCCCAAGAUUGAGAUUCCUGAUAAGCUUCCGGUUACAUGUGAUGGAAAUGUGGCAACCUUCUGGGGAGACCCACACAUGAUCACAUUUGACGGAGUAAAGUACGACUGCCAGGGUGCCGGCGAGUUCACUAUCCUGAAAACCUUGAAUUCCAACAUGGAGUCCAAGUUUGAAAUUCAAGGCCGAUUUGUGAGCUUCAAUGCUCAAAGGCGGAUCACUGUCACACGUGGUGUUGUUGUUCGUGAAGCUGGGGUGCCCACUGUGCAGAUUUCUGUGCCAUCAGCCUAUGACAAGAAGUGCCCAGUCACCCUCCACGUGAAUGGUGCAGAGCGAUCUUUAUUGGAUGGAACAGGAUUUGACGAUGUUGUAGUGAGACAAGUGGGCAAUAGUAUUGUGAUGUACUACCCCAGGACACGCGUCCAGUUGGUGGCCAAGCUAUCCAAGUCGACCAAGUAUGGAUGCCUCAUGUCUACAAAGGUCUGUUUGCCAGAGGAUUACAGACCCAAUGAAAAGAUUAUCGGUUUGCUGGGAACCCCCAAUGAAGAUAAGACUGAUGAAUGGAUGACCCCUGAUGGAAGCCCCUAUGUUAUCCCUCCAAGUGAGAAGGGAAGGAAUAACAGAUACAGGAGAAACUAUGAGUACUGCACCACCCAAUGGUGUGCUGAAACAGAAAGUGCUUCCAUCUUUGCCUACUUGCCAGGAGAAAGCUUUGACAUGUACAACAGGUGUGGAAGCGUUUAUGAGGGUAAAAUGGAGGCAUGCACUGCUAACCCACCGCAGUGGGCAAUUGAUAUUGUUGGUGAACAUGAUGACCGUUGUCUUUUCGAGUGCUGUGCUGGUGGUGAAGAAGCGUGCAAACAGUGCAUCGACCUUGAGGUCGACCUGAUGGAAGAGAAAAACUGUGCUGAGCAGGUUGCAUUUGAAAACUUUGAUGUUGAUGGUGUAAUUGGAUCUGGUUGGGACAAUCUUAUGAUUGACUAUCUGCCAGAUUCUGGCCACAAUUUCCUGGGACUUAUGCACAGAGACAGUGAACCCAUUUCCAAGGAGUUCAGCAUUCCCAGUUUUGCUCAGCGCGUAACCAUUGAGUUCAAGCUGUACGAGAUUGAUGACUGGAGCAAGAAAUGUGUGGACACUCCUGCCAACCGAAGAAAGCUGGAGUCAUCUACAAAAACAACCACCAUCUGCCACAAAACCAAGAAUGUACAGAAACCCUACAAUGUGAUCAAAGUCAGCACAGAGACUGUUCUAAUCUUUUUGAACACUCACCCAGCCAGUCUUCGUCCUGGAGAUGCUAUUCCUGAUUCUCAAGGCCUGUGGGUGAACCAAAUCUGUAACGUAGUUGACAGCGAGGAGAAGUCCUUGGUAGGAACGAGGACGAAGGUCCAAAAGGCUGUUGUCUGCAAAGACAACAAGUUCCUGGUUACAAUUGGCCAGAAGCUGUUUGACCUCAAGACUUUCACUGAUCAUGACAGCAAAUUCCAUCCUGGUAACUACAAGACAGGGUACAGGUCAGGCAUUAGGUGGAAGAGGCAAGCUGUGACGUCUGCCGCAAACUUAGGCUUUAGCAACGCUCACAAAGAUCAAGUGCACCAAGUUACGAUUUCCGUACCUCGGCACUUCUUCAUCGAUGGCAAAUUGAAGCUAAGUUUUGAUGUUGAUGUGAUGAAGGAGUGGGAUGAAGUUGGUGCUGGAGUUGAUGACUUGAGAAUCACAGCUAGGUCAAGGAAGUGCAAGGAUAUCAAAGACCCUAACUUGGAACGGUUGAAACGAGAAUUGAUUGCAGCCCGCAGAAAAGCUAACAGGCUAAGGGCCACUGCAGAGAGAAAUGCACGAAUUGAAGCUAGAAGGAAGGCCCGCAAGGAAAAAGCUCAAGAGAGAGCACUGGAACGUGCCAAAGAUCGUACGGAACGAGCUCGUGCCCGCGCCGCUAAACGGGCAGCAGAUUAUGCACUUCGAGUGAAGACAUUGAAGGCGAGAAAAGUCCUGUAUACCCUCAUGAAAAAGAAGCAAGCUGAUCUUCGAGCUGAAGCAGCUGCCAAGAGGAAGGCUGAGCUGGAGGCGAGAGCUAGAACUGCAGCCAAGACGAAGCUAGAGGCAGCUCUUGCGCGGGCCAAGAAGCUUUCAGACAAGGCAAGAGCAAGAGCCCAUUCGCGCUGGGAAUCUGAACUGAAAAGAGUGAAGUUUGAAGCAGAGAAGGCAAGAAAGGCCGCAGAGAAUGCUCGCAUAAAGGCAGAACAGAGGGCAGAGAGAGCAAUUAAGAGGGCUGAAGAUGCUGCAAAUGCGGCCAGGCAGGCUUCCCUCAAGAAGAAAACAAGUGAAACAGCAAAGGCAAUCGCGAAUGCUGAGAAGAAGUUAGCUGCUGCAAAGAGGGCUGCAGAUAAGGCAAGACAGAGAGCUGAGCUUGCUCGGCAGAGAGCAAAGAUUGCCAGAGACAAGGCAAAGGCAGCUGCCAAGAAGAAGGCUGACAGUGUCAAGCAGGCUGCUGUGAAGAAACACUUGUUAAGAGUUGCAGAUGAAGAGAGAGCCCUGAGCAGAGCUGAAACCAGACUCAGGCAAAGGGAAACUGAUGUCAAGACGAAAUUUGACAAGGACGUGAAGAGUGUCAAGACUUUGGCUGACAAAACCAAGAAAACUGUGGUUGAGAACCAAAUCAAGAAGGAAGCUGACGAGGAGAAGGCCAGGAAGCGGGCUUCAUCGAGGCUGCUUGAAAGGGACACAUUUAUCAAGACGAAAUACUUUGACAAGAAUGUGAACAAUGUCAAGACUUGGGCUGACAGAGCCAAGAAAACUGUGGUUGACAACCAUCUCAAGAAGGAAGCUGACGAGGAGAAGGCCAGGAAGCGGGCUUCAUCGAGGCUGCUUGAAAGGGAUACAUUUAUCAAGACGAAAUACUUUGACAAGAACGUCAACAAUGUCAAGAAGUGGGUGAGCAGUGCCAAGACAACGGCCGUCCAAAACCAGAUCAAGAAGGAGGAAGACGAGAGAAAGGCCAAGUCAAAAGCGGAAGCAAGGUUUGUAAAAAGAGAUGACGAUGUCAAGAAGAAGCUCUUUGACAGGAACGUGAAUAAUGUCAUGAACAAGGCAAACCAAGCCAAGAACAGGGCCUUGGACAAGAAGUACCCCAUCUGCAAAAAGAGAGCGAACAAGAACCAAUACAGUUUGGUGAAGGUGAAGAAGCGUGAUGAAGAAGGCUUUUUGUCCAAAAACAAAGGCAGCCUGCUCCCUGGAGAUGCCAUUCCUAAUUCUGACCCAGAGCGUUGGGUCAACCAAAGGUGCAGGGUUGUCGACAGUGAAGCCAAGUCCCAGAAAAGGAGAGGCAGGAGAACUUUGCGGGCGCUCUUGGAAGAAGAGGCCGAACUGAUUACCAUGGAGAGAAAGCUAGAGGAGGAGGAUGAAGACUGCAACUGCCUCUGUUCCUCUGGUGGUGGCAAAGAGAAUGAAGUAGCAUUGGAGGCUGCAAAGACCAUCACUCUGUACUCUGAAUCUUCUGGCACUGACUGUGGCCCCGCAGGCCUCAAAGUUGGAACUGUCUCAAUCACACCCGAUAAGAGUGGAGACAAUGUGACUUUCACAUACAACAUGGAUGCCGGAUAUGUCAUGUUGGAUACCCAUCUCCACGUUGGUGCUGACCCUCUUCCUAAUUGGGAAGAAAUGGCGGUUCUACCUUCGGUGAGCGAGUUUGGGUACACCCAUGAGGGUGUCCCAAUGAUUUCCAAGUCCUACACGGUGAACAUGAAGUCCUGUGGCUUUUACGCAGCUGCUCAUGCCAGAGUCUGUGGAGCCUUCCCGACCCAGAGCCCCAGUUCAGCUCCUUCCUCGGUACCAUCCAGCGAACCAACUGGAAUGCCAUCGGACCUUCCAUCUGGAGCACCAUCCAUGGUUCCUACGGAAAGUCCUUCCAUUCAACCAAGCGAAAUCCCAUCUGGGGGUCCAACUACUUCUCCAUCGGAAUUCCCUUCUGCGUUCCCCACAGAAUCCCCUUCUGCUGCACCAUCUGGAUACCCAACAGACAGCCCAUCUGAGGUCCCAACUUACUAUCCCACUUCUUCUCCAACAGAAAAGGACGAAGGAGGCGGAGAUGAAGAUGAUGAAGGUAGCACGUGCAACUACGCUCCGGAUAUCUUUGAUUCACCCUACACCGUUGCAGGCGUGGACUACAAUGUUUAUUCUGGGGAGGAACGUCGUGUUCUUUCGUCUAAUAAUGACAAAGAAGAGACGUCGUCGAGCAACACGCAACAUCUUGCUGGCGACGAGGGAAACAACAAGCCCAAUGACUCUGCUGCUGACGGUGGUCUCGUCGCACCCGCAAAAGAAGACAACAACAACAACAAGGACACUGCCUCGAACAACAAUGUGGAGUGCCGCGUUGCCUAUGCCUACCACACUCCCCGGGUUUCCAAGAGCUUUACGGAUCUUGGUUUCACGGAUGGAUUCGACAAUCAGGGCUCUGACAUUACAUGGGGCUGGACGAAUGGUCCAUUGGCGGCUUCGAACUAUGCCUACUCCAUGGAGUUGUUUACGAACAAUGACAAAAGCACGCCUGUGGGAACCAUGUCGGUUGCGUACGACGCCGAAGGAGAGGCCGUUGUCACGGUGGAAGCAGCGGUUCGUCUCUGGUUGAAGAAUGUCAAUGCGUUUGUGGGUCACUCUCGGCUGCCGGUCAGCGGAGACGAUGGAAUGGAGAUUAUUAAUCCCGACCAGUUCCCCGUUUCUCAUGAUCGCAUGGCACUGAGCCGUUCGUUCACUGUCACGGAGCUGGAUGGAAGUACUCCAAUCUACGUGGUGGCGGAAGCUACUGUUUGUGGUGUCCGGAACAACAACAACAACGAUUCCGAGAAGGAAACUGUGGAGGCGAAACCCAAGAGCCUUCUUGGUUCUGUCGGGGGCUUUUUCCAAAAGCUUCUCUAG